AUGACAGCCACUGAGAGACAUGACCUCUUCACGCCGGAACCUCACUAUGUCCCUGGCUAUGCCGGCUUCUACCCGCAGCUGCGCUACCAGGUGGGGAACACCUACGGGCGCACCACGGCACAGCUGCUUACGGACCCCAGCGUGCGGAAGAGCCCCUGCUCCGUGCUGUCCCCCACCUCCAAGCCCAACUUCAUCGAGGACUUCAGCAAGUCCAAGCCGCCGGUGAUCCCCUGCCGUGACCUGACCGAGCCCUACAUCCCUCACUACACAGGUCUGAAGCCCUACAAGAACUUUGAGAUCCUGGGCCGGUUCUCACCUCAGGAGACAGACGCUGAAGGGCCGCCGGGGACAGAGAACAUAUCCAAGCAGGUUCCACUGCCUGCGGGCUUCAUGCCCUACCCCCCCUACCCGCCGUGCCCACCAAGCAGGAAGGGGCACCGCAGGGACCUCGGACACCCGGGCCUGCGGCCGGCCCAUGAGGAGGGGGGCUGGAAGAGCGACGCCCACGCCUGCGGAUGCCCUGAGCGGCACCAGCUGUACCACUACAGGAGGGAUGAGUACCCGGCCCCAGGCCCGCAGCAGGAGACGCUGGACUUAAGCAGGUUCCACAGGUUACCCCAGCUGGACCACCCCAACCUGAUUCAACGCAAGGCCAUCUCAGGAUACGCUGGCUUCAUCCCCCGGUUUGCCUGGGUGAUGGGCACGAAUUAUCGCAACGGGGUCACUCAGGCCAUGGACGAGUUUGACAAGAACCAGUUCAUGCUGAGAAACCCCAUCUGCACCCUGGGCGAGAGGCUGCCCCGCACACACUGGCCCCGCAACACCGUCUACGACAGCCAGGGCCUGAUCCCCUUCUACACGGGCUUCAUCCCCUCCAUGCAGGACCACUUCGCGAUGACGUUCGGCGACAGCACGCGCAAAGCCUAUCAGGAGGAACUGGAGAGGAGAAAUCGGACGCUAUGAAAAUGCUUUAAUGGUGGCGUCUGUACAGCAUGUGACAUCAAGACAGGAAGA